UAUAGAAUUUAAGCACAAGAAAAUAUAGGAAAUUAGAGCAAUUGAAGGGUUGUCCUGGGUUUUAGGGAACAGCAAGAAAUGGAGGCAAUAGCUGUUGGACUAACAUGCACUGCUUUUCCUUCAACUUCAUCUCUUUCAAGAACUUCAAUUUUUACUUCAAUCAAAUAUCCAUCCAGAAAAGGACUGCACAGAAGAAGCAAAGGGAUAGAAGAGAAGGACCUUUAUGGACUUCCAAAGGAAUAUUAUGAUGAUGAAUGGCAAGCUAAACAAAGGGAAAAGACCAAGGAAUUCCAUAAACUACGUCAACAAGAGGAAGAUGAAGAGGAAAAAAAGGUGGACGAAUAUCGUGAAAUUGGAUUGCGCUUGAAAGAUUAUCCAGAAGAAGAGCUUCUAAAGGCCAAGAAAUUGGUUGCCAGCUUUAUUAGAUCAGCUGAAGAAGUGGAAGAGAAAAUUGAGGAAGCUGCAGAAAAAGGCGAACUCGAUGAACUUGUUCUAUUGAUCAUAUGGAAUCGACUUGAUCUUGCUCGGCGUGAUGAUGAGAAGGAUGCAGUUCGAAGUCUUGAUCUCCUGUACAGGCGAGUUGAGACAGAGAUUUUGAAGCGGGAAGCAACUCCUGCUAUGAGACUACUGAAUGAUCUUCUGAAUAUGCAUGAUGGCGGACUAGACAAUGAAGGAUGGCUCAAGGCAUGUAAAAAACGUUUGGUUGAUACAUUUCCUCGGGAGGACCCAUUUAGUAUUCUUGUACCUGCAGGUUUCGAUUUCGACACGCAUCAAGGUCCUCUAAGACCAGGUUUGGACGUUGAUGAUGUGCUUUUGAGGGUAGAUUUUGUCAGAGAGGUGAACGAACUGUUAAAGGAGGUACGAUCUGAAUAUACUGAAUCAUCAGACGCACAAGGAUUUGAUCCAGAAUCAGUUGCAAGUAGAUUGAAACAACAGGAGAAGCAACGAGCAAUACACCAAGUGGAAAGUCUUUUGGAUCUGGCCAUCAACUUGGAGUGGUAGUCAAGUUGCUCACUCUUCCUGAUUCAGGAAUAUUGGCAGAGUAGAAAUCUCAUUAGAGAAGAAAAAUUCACUGAAUGUUCAUUAAUAGUAUGCCCCGUUCACGAGGUUCUCCCAGUGCAGUUAAUAUAUAUAUGAAAUGUCCAAUUCCAUCUAUCAUUAUAGUAACGACGACUCCAUGCCACCAUAUUGUAGCAUCUCAUUUCAGAUAAUUUUGGCAUGCCUCCUUUCUUCCUGCCCCAUGGAACAACUGCGUGCUGCUGCUCUCUCCCAGCCGAGAAGGGUUUCUAUAUAUGAUAGCUGGAAGCAUAGUAUUUGAAGCUUUAUUUGUUAACCGAGUAUCAGUCACUAGGGGGGAUAUAUUACUGUUUGGAAUCAAACUGUUAUAUAAGAGAAAAAGCUCAAAUUAUAACGACU